AGUCGCGUCGUCAAUUUCACUCCAAUAUUUUUUUCAUCAUACAUGUGAAUCAUCCUUAGUGUGCUGACGAUUGACGAUAUUCUGGCAACGGUUGACGUGACGUUAGUGUCCACCGCAGGAAAACUACUAAAAAUCACAACCUCAUUAAAUACUACAACAGAAGCUUUGGAGCUGGCUUUUUUACCUUAACAAGUAAUUAUUGGGCUUUAAUAAAUAAAUCUACAUCAUCAAUAACUUGUCCGCCACGUUUUAUUUAUUAUUAAGACGUUCCACUUAUUUUUAAUACGCUAUCAAGGUUACAUUAACCAUACGAAUUGUCAUUAUUCUUAAGGUAAAAUCAGAUAACUGAAAAUGGGACUGACAGUGAGUAGUCUAUUUACUCGUUUGUUUGGAAAAAAGCAGAUGAGAAUCCUGAUGGUAGGAUUGGACGCUGCGGGUAAAACAACAAUUUUAUAUAAACUAAAGCUCGGUGAAAUAGUAACGACGAUCCCAACAAUUGGAUUCAACGUGGAGACCGUCGAGUACAAGAACAUCUGUUUCACCGUCUGGGACGUGGGUGGCCAGACAAAAAUCCGUCCGCUCUGGAGGCAUUACUUCCAAAACACACAAGGACUUAUCUACGUAGUGGAUAGCAAUGACCGCGAGCGAAUCUCCGAAGCGGAGAUCGAGCUCAACAACAUGUUGAAAGAAGACGAGCUGAGAGACGCGGUCCUCCUGGUGUUCGCCAACAAACAGGACCUGCCGAAUGCGAUGUCCGCCGCGGAAUUGACUGAAAAAUUAGGCUUGAAUGCUUUGCGAGGCCGUCACUGGUACAUUCAGAGCACUUGUGCUACCCAGGGCCAGGGGCUCUACGAGGGUCUUGACUGGCUCAGCAAUGAACUUGCUAAAAAGUGAUAAGAUCAGUCUUAAUCAUUAUCCACUCGCGGUAUCAUCAUAAUUUAAUGUAAAUCGUAAAAUAAUUAAAUGUAAUUAAUUAUUAUUAAGGGCUGAAAAAGAUAAACAAUAACAAUUACUAUUAAAUUUGUCAUUAAAUUUUUUAUCUACUGUAUUCAAAUAGAUUUAUCGGUAAUGACCAAAGAUAA